GGAAUGGAGGUGAGAAUGAAAACAGUGCCGCUGCUUUUGGGGAAAAAAGGGAGAGAGAAGAAAACGUUAUAAAAGGACAUGAACCUGGAAUUUGUUACUAGACAAAUGGUCUUCGUUUAAAAUGAACAUUGAAGAAUAUUGGUUGACAUAUUUGAGUUUAAUUGCGUACUAUCUAUCAAUGUCAGUGAUUAAAAGGAUCAUAUAUUCAAUCGAUUUGGAUUUUUGAGUGUAGCUUCGAUUAGUUCUGCAACCUUCUCAGUCAUGCAGUUAGAAUUCCGAACAUUGAUGUUUGGAAUUGUAACAGUGCUGGUAAUAUUUCUGAUCAUUGCUGAUAUUGCUGAAGUCGAAGAAGAAAUUGCGAAUAUUGGAGGUUCCAGAAAAUUGUACUUGCACAGCCUCAUUCCCAAGCCCAACAGAAAUGUAGCAGUGAAGGCCAAUCCUAAACCGUUAGUCAGUGAAGGAGGGGACAAGAGCCCUGCUUCUCCUUCAUACUCAAAUAAUACCACCAAGCUCUCUUCAGAUAACUGGACGUUCAACAGGAGCCUCUCCAACCUCAUCAGGAAGAACAUCCUGAGGUUCUUCGACCCAGAGAGGGACAUCUCUAUUCUGAAGGGAACAUUGAAACCUGGAGAUGUCAUCCACUACAUCUUUGACCGUCAGAGCACUACCAACAUCUCAGAGAACCUGUACCGGUUGCUGCCCACUGUGUCCCCCAUGAAGAACCAGCACCACAGGCGCUGUGCCAUCGUAGGGAACUCUGGGAUCCUACUCAACAGCAGCUGUGGGCCAGAGAUAGACUCCUAUGACUUUGUUAUCAGAUGUAACCUGGCGCCAGUGGAGGAGUAUGCUGGGGACGUGGGCCGGCGCACCAACCUGGUGACCAUGAACCCAUCUGUGGUGCAGCGGGCCUUCCAGGACCUGGCCAGCGAGGAGUGGAGGGAGCGCUUCCUGCAGCGGCUCCGGGGCCUCAGCGGCAGCGUACUGUGGAUCCCAGCCUUCAUGGCCAAGGGAGGGGAGGAGAGGGUGGAGUGGGCCAUCCGUCUCAUCCUGCUGCACACAGUGGAUGUGCACACCGCCUUCCCCUCACUGCGCCUUCUCCAUGCUGUCAGAGGGUAUUGGCUGACCAACAACGUCCAGAUCAAGAGACCCACCACUGGUCUGCUGAUGUACACCAUGGCCACUCGCUUCUGUGAGGAGAUCCACCUGUACGGUUUCUGGCCUUUCCCUCAGGAUUCACAGGGGAAACCAGUGAAGUACCACUACUAUGAUACUCUGACCUACACGUACACGUCCCAUGCCAGUCCACACACUAUGCCACUGGAGUUCAGGACCCUGAGUUCACUCCACAGACAGGGGGCGCUGCGGCUCCACACUGGCUCUUGUGAUGCAGGAACGUAAUCUAAAAACAAGGACUGUACUGUAUGUCUCCAACAAAAUGACCCCUACGCUUUUGGGAAAAUACCUCCUGCUCAGUUGAUGUCUGUCAGACACGGACAUCUCAGAGGAAAUACUUCCUGUAUGAAACUGUUAUAGGACACUUUUAUGUAGCUGUGAAUUUAGUUCAAUGACAGUAUGCAGGAUACUGCAUGUCUUAUUUGGGCUGACAUUGUUGUCCUACAAGAGACAUGAGCACUGAAGAGUUUUUAACAUUUCUACAGUAACCUGUGAAAAUUAUACCUAAAACAGACACUUUUUGCUUUGUUAAACAAAAACUAAUUUAUGUUGGUAUAUGCUGUUUUCAACUAGAAUACUUUUUCCAUUUACAUGGAGUGUGUCAUGUAAAAUUUUUGUAAUUACAACAUUUAUAAAAACUUUCUCCAAGGGCUUUGUGAAUGUGAAUUUAACUACUAAGUUAUCAAUAAUGUUUGUCUUGAUAUUUUGGUAAUUAUUCCUUUCAAUUAUAUGAUAAAUCUACUUCAUCACUACUGUUGGAGACAUCAUGACAUCAUAUUAGACAGAUCCAAGGCAGGAGCACCAGCCUGCAGGGCACUGGUUGUGCCACAAGAUGGAAGCACUUCUGCAUAAGGAAAUUAUGAAUAGUAGUACAUUUAGUUUUCCACAUUUUGUUUAUUAGUGAACAUGGGUUCAACUACAUGCUACUGUGUGAUGGUUUGUGAGCUCUCACCUUAAAUUGGGAAUUGUAUUAUUGAAAGAGUAGCCUAAUAGUGUAGGCCUAGUUUCUUAUUUUUGCCUUAACUUCUUCUUCAUCAGGGAAACUGGUUUGUGGUAUUUGGAAAUCGAGACCUUGGGACUAUAAGGUUAUAUCUGCGCAAAGCAUAGUUCUGAGAUAUUGAGCAUUAAAGCUUUCACAUCCCAGAUCUCAGAAAUGUUUUGUAGUGAAUUAUUUUCUUUCGGAACCCAUUAAGGUCCUCACCUUAAAUGUACCUAAAGUGCAGAGUAUCACAAUUCUAAGACAUUUGUAAAUCCGUUUUUCUUAGGUGGGCACAAUUGCAGAUUGAACCUUAUGGCUCUGAAAUGUCAUUCUGGGUUGAGCCACAGGAUGUUAAAAUGAUUUCAAUUUUAAUAGAAAAGUACAGAUAUUUAAUCAUUAAAUAAAGAGAAUACCCUUCAUCCUUUCUAAUCACAUUAUCAAAUAUAUUAAUUCAUGUUCAACAUACAUUUGUUAAAGCGAUAAUAUCCUAUGGAUAACUAGCAACAUUGCUAAAGCUUAGCUGUGGAUGAGUACAUUUAUAUAUGUUUCAAAUCUCUGACACCCAAAGUCAGUAAACUACUUGCUAGUUAUCAAUAAAAAAAAAAUUAAAGUAUUUUUUUUAAAGGACAGGAAACUAUGAUAUGAAUAAUCAAGAACUUGGGACUUCAAGGUUCUAUCUGCAAAAUGUAGUUUUGAGAUUAUGAGUAUUUUUCAAGUCCCAGAUCUCAGAACUGUUUGUGAUAUCUUCCUGUUUCAUGACUCAAUAAGUAUAUCACCUUACAUACAAUUAUUUUUGAUUGACAACCCAGCAUUGUGUGAUUGGAAUGCAGACAGAACCUUAUAGCACCAAGUUAAAAAGUAUUUGCGCAGAUAUAACUUUGAUUUUAAAUGUUUGUUCAUCAUAAAUUAACUUUUUCAAAAAUCUGACAUUUCUCACAGGUAAAGGACCACCUAAAGAUGAAAAACUCAUUUUUUACCAAAGUAUCAGAUAGAACCUUAUAGUCCCAAGGUCACGAAAUACAGUAUUGCAUUUCUUUCCUUGUACUGUUUGGGGUGUGAUGUAUAACGAGUCUUUGAAUGUAGUGUUUGCCUUUUGAAUGUAUCCACUGAAUUCAACUUGGAGUUAAGAAAUAGCUGCAUGCAGCAAUCACUGAUGUCAAAACACCAAUGUUGGAAAAGAUAGUAAAAUAAUAACCAAAAGAAAAAACAGAUGUUUCAGCACCUUCACAGCUUAUUAAAUGGUCUUACAGAUGAUCUACAGAGGCAACAACCAGUUGCUUAUGAGAGGAAGCUCUUCAAGCCAUGGGACUCCAGUCAUCCAGGGCAAACAUUGGCUAUUAUUAGUUUCCAUAGAGUGCUUUGUCUGAGGCAGUGUACUGUAGUAAUGAAGAAUAGAGGCACUCAACUGGAAUGCAAAAUGUUUAAGCGAUAACACAGUCAGACAGGGAACACACCCAGCUGUUCACACACUGCUGUUUACACAGGAACAGCCAACAGCAAACUCCUGAUCUUCAACUGUUCCCUGGGGGUUUGACAAUUUCUCCUUAGGAAUUUGCCUCUUAAGACCAUUUCCAAAUAUAGGUGUGUUUAAGACCUUGGGUUGACGUUGGCUAAUGCUUUGCAGAUAUUCAGAAGGUUGUGCUUGUUUUAUGGUUGUUUUACUAUUUGUCCCACCCAUCAAUAAGUAGGAUGUUGUUCCUGUGAUAAUGUUUUAUAGUAUUGUGUUGAAGAAGAAUAUAUCUCCAUCAGAGGAUGCUGGUGGGAUGCGCUAU